CCCGCAACGGCCGCCGGGCAGUGUGCGCCAGCCCCAUGCAGCUCUUCCCACCACCUGCCGGCGCCCGGACAGAGACUAACAUGGAUGCUAAAAAACCAAGGAACUGCAGUUUGACAUCCUUCCCAAUUUUGAAAGCAAGAAAGAAACAGAAUAUCAACCCUGGGAAGGUUGAGAGUAAGCCUUUGGUUCAAGCCCAGAAGCCACCUUCCAAGAUCAAGAACCUCAGAAUGACUCGAUUCUUGCCUAAGAAUCCAAACACCAGCAUUACUUCACUCCCUUUUGUGGAUACCAAGGGGAAGAAGAACAUGGUUAACUUCCCAUGCAUCAGCAACAAAAUCUUGCUAAAGCCACCCCUGCUGUAUCAGGAGAAUCAAAGUCACAAUCAGACGCCAGCCUCUGAGCUCCGGACUUCAGAGAUGCCUUUUCAUUCAAGCAUUAAAACCGAAGAUCUCAAGCCAGAGGAGAAACCACCAAGAAAGCACAAGGUGCCUCUGACGGCAGCAGAGGCCCUAAAGUUUUUUAAGAACCAGCUGUCUUCAUAUGAGCAAAGUGAAAUCCUGGGCUACACGAAGCUGUGGUUCCUGGGGCUUGAAGCAGAGAAGCUCCAUGUGACUCCUGAGAAGUUAAGCAAAACAAGUUUCGAUGAUGAACACGGCUCCUAUAUGAAGGUCCUGCAUGACCACAUUGCCUACCGCUAUGAGGUUUUGGAGAUGAUCGGGAAAGGGUCCUUUGGACAGGUGGCCAAGUGCUUGGAUCACAAAAACAAUGAGUUGGUGGCCUUGAAAAUCAUCAGGAAUAAGAAGAGAUUUCACCACCAGGCCCUGGUGGAGCUGAAGAUCCUGGAAGCUCUCAGAAGGAAGGACAAAGACAACACCCACAAUGUGGUACACAUGAAGGACUUUUUCUAUUUUCGCAAUCAUCUCUGCAUCACCUUUGAACUCCUGGGAAUCAACUUAUAUGAGUUGAUGAAGAAUAAUAGCUUUCAAGGCUUCAGUCUGUCAAUAGUUCGGCGCUUCACCCUCUCUGUUUUAAAGUGUUUGCAAAUGCUUUACGUAGAGAAAAUCAUUCACUGUGAUCUCAAGCCUGUGAGUACAAGCUCUGUCUUGCCAGGGGAGCUGGUUCCCACCCUCAGAAAUUGUUUGCCCCAUUCUGUUUCCCAGUGCAUUCCUGAAGCAACCCUGUUUCCAAUACCAAGAAGAAUUGAGGAGCAUGGGAUCUGGGUUGAGGUCCCCUCCGGCCCAGAACUGAUUCAGCUUCCUCCCGACCUCAGUGUCACUGAGGCUGAGGAGGAGGAGGAGGAGGAGGAGGAGGAGGAGGAGGAUAGGGCUGUGCAUGGAUGUGGCUGGGAAUCCAGCUGCAGGGAUAGGCUGCAGUGGAGUGAACCCACUGCAUUGUACUUGUUGAAGGUGCUGGGCCUGCCACCAACCCACUUCAUUCAGAGGGCCUCCAGGAGACAGACAUUCUUUGAUUCCAAAGGUUUUCCUAAAAAUAUGACCAACAACAGGGGGAAAAAAAGAUACCCGGAUUCUAAGGAUCUCACGAUGGUGCUGAAAACCUACGACACCAGCUUCCUGGACUUUCUCAGAAGGUGUUUGGUAUGGGAACCUUCUUUUCGCAUGACGCCCGACCAGGCCCUCAAGCAUUCUUGGAUUCAUGAGCCACGGAAUCUCAAACCACGGUCCAGGCCCCAGACCCUGAGGAAAGCCAGUCUCUGUCUCCCUUCUGAGGCUCCGAAGGCCAAGGUUCCGGGGCAUCAUCACUUGGACAUAAGCGAGGUGAUCACCAAAGAAGAGACCAUAGACAAAAUAAAAGGUGGCACCACCAAGCAGGUUCAGAAUUCGGGUGAUCAGCAGGGCUCUCUGCAGCAUGCAGCUGAAGUUGUCCAGCUGCCUCAACUAACAGAAGCUUCCGGAAAGCCAGAGGCAGCUGUUGGACCAGAGGGGUCCAAGACCUCCCCAGAAAAACAAAGUAAAAACUCCUCACCCAAGAACGUGAAUAUUUUACCACCUAUUGUAUGACCUUUGCUGAAGGUGUGUCCUGUUCCUUUCCACCAAUGAUUUGUAUUAGAGACAGCACUUACAUUCUACAAUAUUUCAGAUUGUUCUUUUUUAAUGCAUAAAGGUUUGUUUAAAAAAAACUUUAUUCACAUGGCCAGUUAGCAUGAUUCCUAUUAUGAGGGAUGAGAGAGAAUGUUCUUGCACAAAUGAUGUGUGUAUAUGGGGGCGGAGGGGCAAGUACUCAAUGUCAUAGCAUCACUAAUAGAACUCUGAAUAUUUUUUUUAUUUUCUUUUUCCCCAAGACAGCUGACCUGUGGAUUCUUGUUUGAAAAUGAAAAUGAAAAACCAGUUUGAGUUUAGCUUGUAACUAGCUUAAGCACCAAAGGACAUUUAUUUGUUUAUGUAAUUGAGGAAUCAGGAGGGAUAAGUGUGAUUUCAGGCACUGUGGAGUCUAAAAAUUCAGACAAGGUCAUAGGGCUCAGAUUCCCUCUCUACCUAUUAGCCUUGCUUCUUUUUGUGGUUUUCAUUCUAAAGACAGGCUCUGCCCAGAAGUUAAAGUGACCACCAGUAUCCUGUCAAAAGAUGCAGUCCUGGUAGGAAAGUCUCAGAAAUGACUGGACUUGAACCAAGCACUAUGUCUGAGAUAUUGGGAUCUUGUGAUUGGAUAGGCUGGGUCACAGGCCCACACUGUGAUGAUGGUAGCACCAUGGAGUAGGGGACAGAGUAUUUCCCAAAGGAGGGGAAGCUAAGUAAACAACAGGAUAUAUUCACUCAUCCACCAUCCUCAAAAUCUCAUUUGGCUUUCUAGUCCUUCUCUGUAUGAAUACAUAAUCUCUAUAUGAUUGUAAUUAUAGAAUAGAUACAAUUUUAUAAGAAACUUAAGAUCAUAACCUCAUAAACAACAUGGAAAAUAUACAUGGCUUUAUAGUUUUCAAUUACUGUGUAAUAUUUCAUGAAGGAAGACACCGGAUAAUUGAAGCAAUGGGGUGAGAGAAGAUCACCCAGGAAAGGUGAAACAGAAUGAGAACAGCAGAGGGUCAAAAGAAAGUAGGAAAGAUAAAUAUGCCAGGGGAUAACAGACUUAAAUAGAGCCCCCAAGAGAUGAAAAAAAAAAAAAA